AUGGAUUUCGUUGAGGGAUUACCCUCAGUCAAAGGGAAGAACGCCAUCCUUGUCAUCGUUGAUCGCUUGUCAAACUAUGGGCAUUUUAUUCCCAUCAAACAUCCGUAUACAGCUUCACAGGUUGCAGAUUUGUUUAUCCAUGAAGUUUUUAAGCUCCAUGGGAUGCCACAGACCAUUGUGAGUGACAAGGACCCAACAUUUACAAGCCAAUUCUGGACAUCUUUCUUUGCACGCCAGGGCACUAAACUCUGCCACAGUUCUGCAUACCACCCGCAAUCCGACGGUUAG